CAAGAUAGCCGGCUCACAUGCAUAUGAUUUUUCAUUAGACAAUAAAAAGUCCAUUAUGUGCUUUGAUCAGCUAUUCAGCUUGUGUUUCAUGCCCCAUCAUCUAUAAUUAUAUCAUAAUAAUCACUUAAACGUUCCACAAAUUUUAUUUAUGACCAGGCAUAAGAUUUUUUGCAUUAUCUUCGUAUUCUUGUUUAGCUAUGGAUUUAACACACAUUAUCUUGCAGAAGCAGCAGCGACGAUCAGAGCUGGUGAACAACUCAAUUCCACCAGUCAGCUUGUUUCAGAGGAGGGUAAAUUUACUCUAGGGUUCUUCACCGCGGAGACUAAUUUUAGUUACUUUGGUAUUUGGUACACGAAUGACGAUCAGGCCAGGAAAGUAUGGUUAGCCAAUCGGAACCAACCUAUUCUCAACACGACUUCUGCUGCUCUAGCAAUAGAUAAAACAGGUCAAUUGGUAAUCACUAGUGCUGGGAGAAUUGUUGUAAACGUGUCUGAUCAAGGUUAUGGAGGCAACAUUUCUGCAACGCUACAAGAUGAUGGCAACUUCGUGUUGGCUGAUGAAUCUGAUCGUCGGGUUUUGUGGCAAAGCUUUGAUGAUCCUACAGACACGCUGUUACCAGGGAUGAAAUUGGGUUCGAAUCUGACAGCUGGGAAAAAUUGGACCUUAAACUCGGGGUUUAGUGCCCAAGUCCCGGCCUCAGGGGCUUUCUCCUUGAGCUGGGAGCCUUUUAACGAGUCGAAUCAACUAGUUAUUAGGCGUCGAGGAGAGGUUUACUGGACUAGUGGGCGAUUGAUGCAGAGUCAGGAUGAUCCGGCCUUGCAAACAUUUGAAUUUAUGACGCUGAAUUCUCCUUUUGACGCCUAUAAGUACAACCUCAGCACCAGAGACGACGCUGAAGCAAGAUACUUCACCUAUAUUUUUCCUCGUGAUGGAAGAUUUCCUAUGUGGAUCUUGGAUUUCCAAGGAAAUAUUCGUCAAGAUGAUAGUUUUAACUUGGCUACUACUGCCUUCUGUCUGGGGUACGACAAUGGUAAUGGCUGUGUCGCCAGUUCUGGUUUGCCUGUAUGCCGGAGCCAAGACUUGAGGUUUGAGGAAAAAAAUGCAGAAUUUAUCAACGGUGACAGUACUUUUGAUGACAAUACAACCAUAAGUCUCAGUGAUUGCAUGCGAAGGUGCUGGGACGAUUGCAAUUGUCUUGGCUUUGUCAAUUCCAGCAAUGGCACGGGAUGUACAAUGUAUUUUGGAACCAGUUAUACAAUUACUGAUCAACCUAAUUCGGUUUCAAAAUAUGUUCUGGUUUCAAGUAAAACAGACAAAAAAGCCAAAGGAAGCAAGUGGGUAUGGAUAGUCAUUGCUGUUGUUGUAUCUUUGGUUUUGCUAAUAUUGGCCUCUUUCUGUGUUUUCCGGAUGAGAAAGACAAGACUAAAAGAAGAGGAGGAGAGAAAGCGCGAAAAGUAUUUACAGGAGUUAAUAGCUUCUGACAGCUUCAACAAUCCAGAUGAGACCGGAGGUGAGAGGAGGGAAGGCCAUGAUCUGAAUUUUUACAGCUUUGGGUCAAUUGCAGCAUCCACAAAUGACUUCUCAGAUGAUAAUAAACUUGGACAGGGUGGUUUUGGACCUGUUUACAAGGGCAAACUACUUGAUGGUAAAGAAAUUGCAAUCAAAAGGCUGGCAAAAACAUCAGGGCAAGGGCUUGUCGAGUUCAAGAACGAACUUGUUCUCAUAGCCAAGCUCCAACACACGAAUCUUGUUCGCGUCCUGGGGUGCUGCAUUUAUGGAGAUGAGAAGAUGUUAAUUUAUGAAUACAUGCCCAACAAGAGUUUGGACUACUUCCUUUUUGAUGAAAUUAAAAGGGAUGUACUAGACUGGCAAAAACGACUGAACAUCAUCGAAGGAGUUGGUCAAGGAUUGCUUUACCUUCAUAAAUACUCAAGAAUGCGUGUGAUACACAGAGAUUUAAAGGCUAGUAAUGUGUUAUUGAACGAGAAUAUGAAUCCCAAGAUAGCUGAUUUUGGUAUGGCGAGAAUUUUCAAACAAGAUGAAACCCAAGCAAAUACUAUAAGAGUUGUUGGAACAUAUGGUUACAUGUCUCCCGAGUAUGCCAUGGAAGGAACAUUCUCAGUCAAGUCUGAUGUAUUCAGUUUCGGGGUAUUGGUCCUGGAAAUUGUUAGUGGACGGAGAAAUAAUAGCUUCUAUAACAUUGACCGUCCUCUGAAUCUCAUAGGCUAUGCAUGGGAGCUCUGGAAAGGAGGACAUGUUUCGGACUUAAAAGAUCCAACUCUGAAAGCCAAGGGUGUAGAUGUUGAAAAACAAUUGUCGAGGACGAUUCAUAUUGGACUAUUAUGUGUACAAGAAAGUGCAGAGGACAGACCAGACAUGUCGUCUGUUGUCUCGAUGCUUGGCAAUGAAAAUAUACCUCUACCUAUCCCAAAACAACCUGCAUUUUUCACUGGAAGAAAUGCUUUAGACUUGACUUCAUCAGAAAGCAGAUCAAAAGAUAUCUCAGUAAAUGAUAUGUCCAUUACAGUAAUGGAAGCUCGGUAGUUCUGUAGUUCUAUUCAUAGAAAUUCCUGAAAUAUUGCUUCAUUUAGUAUUCUUUUUGUUAUUAGAUCAUGGUGAUCACUGGGAUUACAGGUAUUUCUGUCAAAAGAAUAAUGAAUUUUUUGUGUAUUAAAAUUAAUAAACAUAUGCUGUACAUUUUUCUGUGUUUUAUAAUACUC